CUUCCAUGGACCAUCUGUCUGCCUCGGCUCAACAAAGAAGGAGGACGCAGGAUGGUGUUGGUCCAUGUUGGAUAUCUGGUUCUUCCCGUCUUCGGUUCGGUUAGAAAUAGAGGAGCACACUUCACCAGGCACCAACACAGCCAUGCUACCUCCUGCCGACACUUUCACCUGGGCGCCCCACAGGCGCCCAUCUCAACCGAGUUCCCUUUAGGACAUGCCAGCCAGCCCGCUCAGACGGGCCUGGCCACCCACAUCCCCCCCGCACACCAUCCGCCCCUCGCUGCCCUGCCUGCCGCCCCGCAGUUCCAGGAUGUGUCGGGUCCUCCGUUCCUACCUCAGGCCUUACACCAGCAAUACCUCAUCCAGCAGCAGCUUCUAGAGGCGCAGCACCGCAGGAUUGUUCCACACUCCAGAAGGGCCCAAGAAAGAGUUCCUAUCAAUCCCCACCGACUGCGCUCCACCUACGAGUACUCCCCACCCCUCCAUGCCCCGCAGCCAGUGACACAGCAGCCAAGGUACCUGGCCGAAGGCACCGACUGGGAUCUCAGCGUCGAUGCUGGCCUCCCUCAUCACCAAUACCACCUCCAGCAGCUGCCCCAGCACUACCAGCACUACCUGGCUUCCCCCCGAAUGCACCACUUUCCCAGGAACACAUCCUCUGCACAGGUGGUUGUGCAUGAAAUCAGAAACUACCCGUAUCCCCAGCUGCACCUGUUGGCACUCCAAAGUUUGAACCCUUCCAGACAUGCCACUGCGGUGCGGGAAAGCUAUGAGGAGCUCCUUCAGUUGGAGGACCGGUUAGGCAGUGUGAGCAGAGGUGCAGUGCAGACCACCAUCGAACGAUUCACUUUUCCGCACAAAUACAAAAAGAGGAAGCCCUUGCAGCUGAAGCUCGGGGAGGAAGAAGAGGAGACAGACGUUGAUGAGAAGUGCACUAUCUGCUUGUCCAUGCUGGAGGACGGCGAGGACGUCAGGAGGUUACCCUGCAUGCACCUCUUCCACCAAGGCUGCGUGGACCAAUGGCUGGCGACCAGCAGGAAGUGUCCAAUCUGUCGCGUUGACAUCGAGACGCAGCUGAACCCCGACAGCUGA